UCUGCUGUUGUGAUGAUACAUUCCAGGAGCUGCUGAAGAGUUUACAUAAAGGACGUCCCGUCCAGGUUCCAUUUGGAGAUUUAAAAGUGAAAUAAAGGCGACCGACCAAUCAAAACGUAUGAAUGAGCUAAUAUCAGACUGAGGACUAGUUUCCUCUUCAUUUCUGCUACAAAUAUCAUCACAGCACAGACGUUUGACACCGAAUACUGGGAAACAGAAUGCCAGCCAAGACGCCCAUGUACUUAAAGACAUCUACACCAAAGCGAGGCAAGAAGUUGAAAAUACGGGACGUUCUAUCAGGCGACAUGAUUAGCCCGCCGCUGGGUGAUGUGCGUCACAGUGCCCAUGUCGGGCCUGAGGGAGAGGGGGACAUGUUUGGCGAUGUGGGAUUCUUGCAAGGCAAACUUGACAUGCUUCCUGCCCUCAAUCAAGCGCCCAGCUCUCGUUCUCACAGCAUGGACAGAAGAAUGGAUGAGAUCUUCGAUGUGAACGCCAAGAGCCACAUUUACCAUCGCAGUCAUAAUUCUCAUCACAAUUCUCUCCUCAAAACCACAAUCUCUAUGCCGGUGUUUAUCGCGCCAGUGCAACCUCCUCCUAAACCCCCCCGUCUGCAUUUAGACGAGCAGUCGUCUCCUGUUCAUCAGCAGCAGAAUCACCAUCACAGUCCACAGCAACAGCGCUCCAUGUCUGUGUGUGAGGAAGGGAUCGGGAAAUGCAGGGAUCCCUGCCGUGACCUCACUCUCUCCGCCUCGAUCCCAGCCCUGCCGCAUCUGGUGCCUUCCACGGGCUCCUUAUCCGAGGCUUCCUCGGAUGACUCCAUGUCGGAAGGCUGUGGCCCGCUGGAUCCAAAACGAGGCUUGAGUCUGGACUCUGAUGCAGGGCUCAGUAAUGAGGACCUGCGGAGCGAACACUGUGAGUCUCCGGCUAUCUCACCCAGCAUGUCACGCUCAGAGUCCCUAAUGGGUUUGGACCUGGACCUGGGACCGUCCAUUUUGGAUGAUGUUCUUAGCAUCAUGGACCGUUAUAAAAGUGUGGAAGAGAGACAUGAGAUAUAAUGGGAUGCCCUUCAGAUACUGUGAUAUAGGUCAGCUCACCCAUGCCAUCUUAUUAUGCCUGUUUUAGAGGACAAUGAAAGAAUUGGGAUUCUGGUUGUGCCGCAGAUGCUGCAGAGUUAUGGCACAUUUUUAACCACAUGCAAUUAUCACAAAUAGGCAAUAAUCGUUAAUUGCUGUCAUUUUUUAAAAUGCAAUGAUCAGUCGAUCAGUUCAUUUACGUAAGGUGAUCAGGUGAUAACACAACAGUGUUCAUGGAUAACAUUACAAGAGCGGUGUUUUCCUGGGUUUUGGUCUUUCUGAACUAACUGGAUAUGUUAAAUAUUUAAGCACUAACAAUUUGUUGAUUUUCAUAUUUGCUGUUACUUAUUAAGCUAUGUUUUUCAGGGAAAGGAAUUGAGAUUUUGGCUAUAUAGUACAUUUUUCUUGAAAAUGUCAUAAAGUUUAACACCAUUUUGAGGAAGGUAUCAUUUUUAGCCAAUUUAGGAGCAUAUUAUUAAGGAAUGGCCCAAAAUGCAUUUUUUUUAAUUUACUUCCAUAUGAGUAAAUAUUAUGCAGAUAGAUAAAACAUUGUAUUCUGUCUAGCCUGUGACCUAAGAUACUUAUUUUCCCUGCCUAUGAGUACAAAGGAAAUCACUUUGUAAAUGUCUAUCUUUGUUGGGGUAUAAUGUUACAGUUUAUUUUAUUGCAUUGUAAUAUAUGAAAUAAAAAUGUUCAUGUAAAUA